GACCACAGUUUAGAUAUUAAUUCAAUUAAUUUGGAUGAUGAAUUGAAAAUCAAAGAAGCAAUAGGGUUAAGUGCUUCUAGACAAUGGUAUUUAUAUGACCAAAUACGAGAUCUAGUGCAAAAUCCCAAUAAAAGAAAUAAUAUUUGUCCAAAACCUUCU